AUGCGCGAGGCGAUCUGCAUUCACAUCGGUCAGGGCGGCGUGCAAAUUGGCAACGCCUGCUGGGAGCUUUUCUGCUUGGAGCAUGGCAUCCAGCCUGAUGGUCAGAUGCCCUCAGACAAGACAAUUGGCGGGGGGGAUGACGCAUUCAACACAUUCUUCAGUGAGACUGGAGCGGGCAAGCACGUGCCCCGUUGUGUGAUGGUGGACUUGGAGCCGACCGUCGUUGAUGAAGUGCGCACGGGCACCUACCGUCAGCUAUUCCACCCAGAGCAGCUCAUUUCUGGCAAAGAAGACGCCGCAAACAACUUUGCACGCGGGCACUACACCAUCGGCAAGGAGAUUGUCGACCUGGUCUUGGAUCGAAUCCGCAAGUUGGCCGACAACUGCACCGGAUUACAGGGCUUUUGCGUGUACAAUGCCGUCGGCGGUGGCACAGGAUCCGGCCUGGGCUGCUUGAUGUUGGAGCGCUUGUCCGUGGACUACGGCAAAAAGAGCAAGAUCUCCUUCACAGUUUGGUCUUGUCCACAGGUGGCGACUGCAGUGGUGGAACCAUACAACACCGUGCUAUGCGUCCAUUCUCUGCUUGAGCACACGGAUGUGACAAUCAUGUAUGACAAUGAGGCGUUGUACGACAUUUGUCGGAGGAACUUGGAUAUUGAGCGCCCGACGUACACGAAUCUGAACAGGCUUAUCGCUCAGAUCAUCAGCUCAUUGACGGCGAGCCUGAGAUUCGACGGGGCUUUGAAUGUGGACAUCACGGAGUUCCAAACAAACCUUGUUCCUUACCCGCGAAUCCACUUCAUGCUCACCUCCUUCGCUCCCGUGAUCUCUGCAGAGAAGGCAUACCAUGAGCAGCUCUCCGUGGCGGAGAUCACCAUGUCCGUGUUUGAGCCUGCCUCGAUGAUGGUCAAGUGCGAUCCUCGCCACGGCAAGUACAUGGCUUGCUGCAUGAUGUACCGCGGGGAUGUUGUACCAAAAGACGUGAAUGCAGCGGUCGCCACCAUCAAGACCAAGCGCACCAUCCAGUUUGUGGACUGGUGCCCCACUGGCUUCAAGUGCGGCAUCAACUAUCAACCUCCUACGGUGGUGCCGGGUGGUGAUUUGGCCAAGGUCAUGCGCGCGUGCUGUAUGAUUUCCAACAGCACGGCCAUCGCGGAAGUCUUCUCCCGCAUUGACCACAAGUUCGAUCUGAUGUACAGCAAGCGUGCGUUUGUCCACCACUACGUGGGGGAGGGCAUGGAGGAGGGCGAGUUCUCCGAGGCUCGGGAAGAUUUGGCGGCCCUGGAGAAGGACUACGAGGAGGUGGGCAUCGAGACUGCUGAAGGGGAGGGCGAAGAGGAAGGCGGGAGCCGUGCGAUCUGCAUUCACAUUGGCCAGGGCGGCGUGCAAAUUGGCAACGCCUGCUGGGAGCUCUUUUGCUUGGAGCAUGGCAUCCAGCCUGAUGGUCAGAUGCCCUCGGACAAGACGAUUGGCGGGGGGGAUGACGCAUUCAACACAUUCUUUAGUGAGACUGGAGCGGGCAAGCACGUGCCUCGUUGUGUGAUGGUGGACUUGGAGCCGACCGUCGUUGAUGAAGUGCGCACGGGCACCUACCGUCAGCUAUUCCACCCAGAGCAGCUCAUUUCUGGCAAAGAAGACGCCGCAAACAACUUUGCACGCGGGCACUACACCAUCGGCAAGGAGAUUGUCGACCUGGUCUUGGAUCGAAUCCGCAAGUUGGCCGACAACUGCACCGGAUUACAGGGCUUUUGCGUGUACAAUGCCGUCGGCGGUGGCACAGGAUCCGGCCUGGGCUGCUUGAUGUUGGAGCGCUUGUCCGUGGACUACGGCAAAAAGAGCAAGAUCUCCUUCACAGUUUGGUCUUGUCCACAGGUGGCGACUGCAGUGGUGGAACCAUACAACACCGUGCUAUGCGUCCAUUCUCUGCUUGAGCACACGGAUGUGACAAUCAUGUAUGACAAUGAGGCGUUGUACGACAUUUGUCGGAGGAACUUGGACAUUGAGCGCCCGACCUACACGAAUCUGAACAGGCUUAUCGCUCAGAUCAUCAGCUCAUUGACGGCGAGCCUGAGAUUCGACGGGGCUUUGAAUGUGGACAUCACGGAGUUCCAAACAAACCUUGUUCCUUACCCGCGAAUCCACUUCAUGCUCACCUCCUUCGCUCCCGUGAUCUCUGCAGAGAAGGCAUACCAUGAGCAGCUCUCCGUGGCGGAGAUCACCAUGUCCGUGUUUGAGCCUGCCUCGAUGAUGGUGAAGUGCGAUCCCCGCCAUGGCAAGUACAUGGCUUGCUGCAUGAUGUACCGUGGAGACGUUGUACCAAAAGACGUGAAUGCAGCGGUCGCCACCAUUAAGACCAAGCGCACCAUCCAGUUUGUGGACUGGUGCCCCACUGGCUUCAAGUGCGGCAUCAACUAUCAACCUCCUACGGUGGUGCCGGGUGGUGAUUUGGCCAAAGUCAUGCGCGCGUGCUGUAUGAUUUCCAACAGCACGGCCAUCGCGGAAGUCUUCUCCCGCAUUGACCACAAAUUCGAUCUGAUGUACAGCAAGCGUGCUUUCGUCCACCACUACGUGGGGGAGGGCAUGGAGGAGGGCGAGUUCUCCGAGGCACGCGAAGAUUUGGCGGCCCUUGAGAAGGACUACGAGGAGGUUGGCAUUGAGACGGCUGAAGGGGAGGGCGAAGAGGAAGGUGAGUGGUGGAUCUUUGGCAUCGGUCUCGUCAUUGGCGUGCUGGUGGGGAUCGUGCUGGGCAUCUCGCUGGACCUCAUCUACCUCUACAAGCAGCUUUGGGUGGCCUCUCUGCGUCAGAUCUACGUGGUGGCCCGGGACAUCAAGGGAAGGACCUACGACCCCGUUGUGGUUGACAGCCGGUUCAGUGCAAUCCGCCCUCUGAUCAAGGAGGGCUCCUCGCGGUGCAGGCAGCGGGGCUCAUUUGGCCCCAUGCCACCAGCAGCCAGUGAGGAAGUCGGGCCUCGAGCCCGGCUAGAGCCAGGUUUUGUGGUCAGGGACGGUGUGGUGAACCCAGAUUACCCCUUGUGCUUCCGGGAGCGUUUCCAUUUCCUCACUGCUGAGAGUCUCGAAGAGGAGGCAGAGCACGCCCCCCCAGGCGACGUUGUUGAGGACCGUUUGGCACGGCUCGAAGAAUGUGUUCGAGAUCUAGCCGAGAGCGUCAAGACCAAUUUGGAGGCGGCUCAGAAGACGCGGCCACAGGUUGGAGAGGAGAGAAGAGUGUCAUGGCGGACACCCGGCCCAGACGGUGGUGGGUCGGGAGCCCAUCGGCAGGUUGCGGCAGCUGCAGAGGUGAGGAGGAGCCGGGAGAGGUCCGGGGAGAUCCAGGAGAAGAGAGAGGAAAUCAGAUAUCCCGGUCUCGACCCGGCUGUACUCCGCUCAGCUCGCAUUGCAGGUAUCCCCGAGAAGCACAUAGCAGAGAUGGCCAAGGUCGUAUCGCAGCAGCAGAGGAGCAGCCGACUGGGCGACUUCCCAGCCCCCAAGACCGUCACUCAGCGUGGAGGAGAGGCCGCAGGAGGAGACCCCCUUUCCGAGUCCGAGGAGGCAGACCCCCACGAGGCCGAAGAGGAAGAGGAGGGAGAAGGCUCAACCCCGGGUGGCUCAGUAGCUGCCGCCUUGCUCAAGCUCACCGAGAUUGCAUCCCACUUGUCGAAACAAAAGGCCAAGAGUGACAGCCUCGAAGUCAUCUUAGACGGGUGUGGGUCGGGGCAAGGAGACGGCGACAGCAGCAGUGGUGGAGGAAAGAAAGCUCAGGCCUUGAGCGCCCUGAGGAGGGCAGUUUCCGAGAAGCCCGUCUUUCUGAGCAAGGCCAUAGAAACCCAGAUGGCGGCCGACUUCGCCAUGCGAUCUCAAGUUCCGGGUGUCCCUCAGAUUCCGGUGUCCUGCCGAGGUUGGCUGGAGACAAGGUCGCGGGUGCAGAACUACCAGUCCACCAUCCGCUUCUUGUGGAUCAUCGCCGGGAUCGCCGACAGCCUGAAGGCAGGCCAAGCGGAGGAGGGCUAUACUCGCGCCUUGCUAGCAUUGAUGGCGGGCGACCAGCUGUCGAUCGACAGGGGGAACUGGUCUUUGGCGGCGGAAAUGCUGAUGGAGGAGAGCCCCCCGUUUUCCAGCUUCCAACACCACACCCUUCCCAGCGGCAGCGAGCAGCCUUUCACAAAGCUGGCCGAUCCGAGAUGGGUCAGCCUGUUGGUACAUCGCCUCAGGGACAUCGAUGUCUAUCUGGAGCAGCGGAAGAAGCUGGGAAGCCGAGGAGGAGAGGCUGCAGACCCCCAGAGGAGAGAGACCAAGCCAAAGCUCCCUGCCAAGAAGCCAGAGUGGAAGAGCCGAGCCAAGCCGCCUCGAGAAGGCGGGGGGGGCGAGGCGGGGGAGUAA